ACAGAGAGCGACUGCCCAGGAAGUUCUUCCGGAGUCCGACCGCGUUUCGUGAAGGAGAAGCAGGAGCCGAGACUCUCGGUCCAUAAACCACAUUCAGACCAGGUUCACUUCACCCGUGAGUCACAAUGAACCGCAGCAGCACUUUGUUUACGGCAGUGAGCAGUUGGAGACGGUUUCCGGUCUCCUCCGCGUCCACGAUGCAGCGCCGCCUCAUGUCCUCCAAGCCUGUCGCCGCCGCGCGGCUGCCCAAGAGAGUCAAGCUGACAGGUGGGAAACGCUACGCCUGGUGUGCCUGUGGACACAGUCAGAAGCAGCCUUUCUGUGACGGUGCUCACAGGACGCUGGCUCCCGACAUCGCCCCUCUGCGCUUCACUCCAGACAAAGAGGGCGCGGUCAUGCUGUGCGCCUGUAAACAAACCAAAAACGCGCCGUACUGUGACGGCUCGCACUUCAAGGUCAUCUUCCAGGAUGUGGUGAAGUCGGUGAAAGGUGUCUUUAAAUGAGCAGCGUGUACAAACCUCAUUCAUCUUGAUUUUUACAUUCAUUUACACAUGUUGUUAUGUUGUUGUCAAAGUGUUUCACUGAUUUGUUUUUUUGUUUUGCAGAAGUGAUAAUAACUAUCAGUCAAUGCCUGUGAUUAUAAUGAACAGUAAUCAAUUGCUACCUCUUUUUGUUGUUGUUGUUGUUGUUGUUGUUGUCUAUUCGUGUGGUCAGUAGGGGGCGGUCUAGUGUUAUUAAGCAGCUGUUCAGUGGUGGUCGACCUUCUGACCUUGAAUGACAUAACAAUAAUCUAUCAUCAUAUUACAAGAACUCUACUUUCCAAAUGUGGAGAAAAUGUAUCGCUCACAAUAAAAAUUUAGAAUUAAGAGAACACAGAAUAAUGUACUUUGUGCUUGAGGAAGAUCCUUCAAAUGAAAUCAG